AUGUCCGCCGAUCUCAGCGAGGCCGAGGCCCUCGCAACCCCCGAGUUCUGGAACGAGCGCUACACAAAGUCAGACGGCUCCAACCCAACCCACGAAUGGUUCCGCACCUUCGCCGCCCUGGAGCCGUACUUCCAGAAACACCUCUUCACACAACGAAGCCCUGAGACGUCGCCGCGCAUCAUGCACCUCGGCUCAGGCGACAGCACAAUCCCCGCCGACCUCUCGUCCCGCGGCUACAAGAACCAGCUCUGCCUCGACUUCUCCCAGGUCGUCGUCGACCUCAUGAAGGCCCGCCACGAGCCCCUCGGCGGCAUCGAGUGGCGCUGGGCCGACGUCCGCGACAUGCCCGACGCCGCGCCCACCCGCUCCGUCGACGUCGCCUUCGACAAGGGCACCAUGGACGCCAUGAUCCACGGCUCGCCCUGGUCGCCGCCCGCCGACGUCAGGGACAACACCGGCCGCUACCUGCGCGAGGUCCACCGCGCACUCAAGGACGACGGCGUGUUUCUCUACAUCACCUACCGCCAGCCGCAUUUCAUGAAGCCGCUGUUGAACUCCGAGGGGCUGUGGGAUCUUGAGAUGGAUGUGUUGUCGGGUGGCGAGAGCGCGUUUGAUUAUUACGGAUUCGUUCUGAGGAAGAAGGCUCAGGCAUGA